UCAUUGACAGGGUCAAUGUACAGUGUAACUUAACUCUGACUAAUUUUUUUGUAGGUUAUCUAACCACAAUCUGAACUCAGAAGUGUUAUUAGAACUUCAACGAAAUGGUUCACGUAAUAUUAGGAAGUUCAAGCAUGCAGCGGCCGGCACCAACUUUUUUUGUAUUUUGCGUCUUCGCUUAUGUUAUCACAAGCACACAAGGAACGAAGCGUCAGGUUUUAUUGUCGCCGAGCGUACCAGAAACCGAUAGAUCUGAUGACAGAACGUACGCUAUAACUAUGCAUAGCGAGCAAAGUUUCCAAAGCAAAGACGGCUCUGACCGUUCAGAUAGAAACCGCCCGAUCAAUUCCAUUCGCUCAAGGCAUGGCAAACAGCAUAGGAACGAAACGUUGAAUUUGGUGGAACGCAACUCUACAGUGUCUACCGAAAGUGUUCCUAUCAUUAUAGAAAGUGUUGAAGCAGUUGCAAAUGAAGAUCGUCGUCACAGAAUGGACCAACAGCAGUCUUCGUGUGGUCGACAUAAAGUUUGUUCUGAGCGCGAAGAAAUGAGGUCAAUGCGCAUUGAAAAGAUAAAGCAAAAUAUUUUAAGCAAGUUGAGACUCUCCUCUCCUCCAAACAUUACAGAACAACCCUUGUCAACGGAUUCAGCGCCUAUUAUGGAGCUGAUGCGGCGUUAUGGCAUGGACCAAGAUCGUGGAACUAGCGAUGCUGAAGAUCAAGAAACUGAGGACGAGGAAGUAAACAGCGAGCGAGUCAUUUUAACCUCGAGACGUCCGCCGUUCAGCAACAGCCCAUCAGGAGCGGGGGGUUGCUACUUUACUUUUUCUGAACAGCAACGCAGCUUUGCUGUGCACUCAGCUUUUUUGUGGUAUUACGUGCGUCCUGUGAACACAACUGAAACAUAUGCACUGGUUGAGUUACAACGUUAUGUUGCAACUGCGAAUGGCCCUCCUCGACCAGUUUGGGUGAGAUCACUCAGAGUUAGUUUGAACGGCUCCUCAAAAGGCUUCUGGCGAAAAAUUCGAGUUACUGGAUUAGUGAAUGGUUGGUUAGAGCGACCAUCAUAUAACUUGGGAAUUAGAAUCAUAUCAAGAGGAUUAUCUGACCUUGUCAUGACCGAAUCACGCGUCGGGGAAAAAAACAACAAACCCUUUAUGGAUGUCGAACUGGUUGCCCGAACUCGUCGAAGACGGAAACGAGAUGCCGCAGAGGGUUUACGUUGUGACGCUAACUCAACGGAAACACGGUGUUGUCGAUUCGACCUAGACAUUAAUUUUAAUGCAGCCGGUUGGAACUGGAUCAUUUUCCCAAGGACAUACAAUGCUCGAUACUGUUCGGGGGAGUGCGCUUAUUUGCAACUUUCGAAUACACGAGAGCAGCUGAUCCGGCACAUGGGCAACAGACCUGAUUUGCCCAGCAGCAGACAUGUCGAAAACUGCUGCGUGCCGAAAAGAAUGAUUGGAAUUUCAAUGCUAUACUACGACAAUGACGGCAACAUUAUAUUCAGCAAAGUACCGGACAUGGAAAUAGUAAAAUGCGAUUGCUUGUAGUAUGCGUAAAUUGGCCGUGCUGCAGCGCUUACCCUUAUAUGGGCAUGGUGUCAUCGACUCGGGUCGCUUCGCAUAGCAGUCCAAUACAAGCUGAACACACGAAGACUUUGUGGAUAAAUGCAAACGGCAAUACUUUUCGGCAAUAACAUGUAUAAAGACUUCAUUAAAAUGACCCAUCGCAUAUUUGCGUGGUGAUCGUCAUUAACUACAAGUCGUGCUUCAUACACAGCAUGAUCACAUCAUUACAGAAUUAAUCAAAAAACAUUACCCCACAUUCCAAACAUAACCAAUUUAUCCCUACUCUGACAAAUAAGUUGUACCAUUAAACGUAGCAUAAUCAAGUUAUUAUAAUCCAGAGUUUAUUUACUCAUUUGAAAGUUACAGAUACAUUUUUUAAAUCAUUGUUUUCUAAUGCUCAUAUUUUAAGUGAGGAAAACCUUACUGUGAAUCAACGCGAAUUCCGCAAGUCCCGUGCUAUGCAAAUUAUAAAUAUUGAAGCCAUUUCUCAGUAUAUUCGACCCCACACCACUUUCAGUUUUACACGAUUAAACAUGAAGACACUUAAAACUGUUAGUUAAACCAGCAUGCUCCACCUUUUAUCUUUCCAACCGAGACCAGAGGUUCCUAAUAUUUACUUGUUACAUUACAAAAAAAGUUCGAUGUUACAUUACAAAAACAUUCACAUGCGCUGUCCUACUUGCCAGCAGUGUAAAUACGGGGUACAUUCGGCGUGCAAGCCAGAUCGCUUUACAGUUGUUGUAUACUGAUAUUUAUUUAUUAAAUGCUUGUCCUUGUACAGUACUGGCAUGCCACAUCUAAUGUUUAAAUGAGAACGUACGCUUGCUAAACAUUUAAGUACGGCACGUGUCGGUGGUGACAUUGCAGUGUUGCACGCCUUAUAUAUUUCACAUUAUGUUUUGGUGCAUUUUUAUGCAUCAAAAUCUCUUUUGCAAGAGCAAUGUUGUAACUUUUCUCUCGUUUAUCGUAAUAUAUGUGUCACAAUAUUGUGCAGUUCCAUUCGCGAAAAGUUCAAAAGAUUAAUAUUUUAGUUUUAUUAUUGUUUAUUGUUCGUAUCAAUACAUUUUCUAACUUUAUAGAUAUCUGUACUUUAUCAACACUGAAUCAAAUCCAGACAUAAAACCA